UUGCCGGACUAGCAUUUAAUUUGAUCUCAUUCUUAAUGAAAAUUGUUGUUAGCUCAGCCAACAUUUUUCGUGGUGAGUGUUUUUUUUUCUGCGGCUCAGUUUCCAUUUCAACGUCGAGCGAACGAAAAGUUGCAGCGUAAAAAUACCAAUUUCGGUGAAAUAUUCACGCAUAUUUCGCUAUUUCGAAAAACUGCAAACGAUAAUUAAUAAAUGCGUUUAAAUGCGCCAUGGACUAUGCAAAAGUUAUGUGCUAAAAAGUGAGAGUUAAAAAGUCUUGCAACUGGCAAUCAUGUGGAAUGCAUCAAGGAUUCACCAGUUUUUCCAGCUCCUUCCGACCCUGAUUCAUCUGUCCCGAUUUUGUUGGGCCCAACAGACGCACAUCAAGUUGGAGCAGGGAGACCUUAUUGGGCUCAAGGUCUUUCCGGAUGGAACACGUGGCGCUGUGUACGCUUUUUUGGGCAUUCCCUAUGCUCAGGCACCCCUCAACGAACUCCGAUUUGCCCCUGCCAAGCCGAGUUCCAGCUUUAAUCGCACCCUCCAGGCCACCGCCAUGCAGCCCCUGUGUCCGCAGCUCUCGAACACCAUCUACGACGAGAGCUCGGAUGGCGGCAUUCCCAGAUCAGUGAGCACAGACGAGGACUGUCUGUACCUGAGCAUUUGGACCCCGGAGUCGGGGAUGCGAUAUGGCAAGCUGCCCAUCGUUGUUAUUGUCACGGGUGAGGAGUUCGCCCACGACUGGCCCAGAAAUCGCAUCAAUGGCUUGGAUUUAGCUGGCGAGGGCAUUGUGGUGGUCAGUGUCCAGUACCGAAAUAAUAUUUACGGAUGGCUGAGUCUGGGAGCAGAGCAUCGCCAUGUGUCCGGUAACUAUGGCCUAAGUGAUGUCCGAAUGGCACUACGGUGGAUCCAAAGGAACGCCGACGCUUUCGGUGGCAGUCCGGAGCACAUUACCCUUUUGGGUCACGGAAGUGGAGGAGCACCACUGGCCCUGGUUGCCACUCUAGAGGAGCCCCAGUUGGUAAAGCAGCUGGUGCUGAUGUCACCCGGUCCCAUUGUGCGAACCUUGGGACGGAAUCACCAAAAGCGGAUAGUGGAAACGGGCCAGGAUCUGGUCAGGAAGUUGGGCUGCCAGUUCGAGGAGGCCCAACGGCGCCAACUGAUGAGUUGCCUGAGGCGCAAGAGCCGAGAGGACCUGCUCCGCGCCUACGAAAGUGUCUACAACCAUGGCAACGGCAGCUCCCAGCUGGGAGUGAUUCUGCCGGAAGGACUCACCUUCGAGCAGCGAGUGCGGAACGAAACACUUCCUCCGCUGCUGCUGGGCAUCACCUCCAAUGAGGGAGCCUUCCUGCAGGACUACUGGCUGGAUGUGGCCAGGGAGGGUCAGGUGGCGCUCCAGCAAUACAUCAAUCACACCCUUCUGCCCAAUGUGAUGCGAGCUAUGGGUUCGGCGGAUGAGCAGAGCUCCUCCCAAUUGGCAGCCAUCAGAUGGAGGUACUUCAAUGGCCAGGGCGAGGGCGUCGUCCAGCUGCUGGCCGGAAUGCAGCGGCUGCUCUCCGAGUCCCUCCACGAACUGCCCUUCUUUCGGCUCCUGGAUCAGCUGAACGGAAGCACCAGCUAUGCCUACGUGUUCGACCAGUCCCACUCGAUGGACAUGCGUGGCAGGAGGAACCUCUUCGGCGGGGCCUCCCACAGCUCCGAUCUGCCCCUGCUCCUGGGUCCCAGUCUGUUCCAGCAGAUUGCACGCCGGAGGUUCAGUGGCGAGGAGGAGCAGCUCUGCCGGAAACUGAGGGGAGCCUUUGCCAACUUCAUAAAGAACGGAAAUCCCACGCCGGGAAGGAUCUUCGACGGCUGGUUGCCCCACAGCAAAGAGAACCCAUUCGUCUACAGUCUGGGUGAGCAGACGAAGGCUUCGCAGGCGGGAUCAGUGGAUGAGGCGGAGGUGGACAAGAUGCUCCGCGGGGAGACGGGAGCUACGGGCACGGAUAGGAGCUUGUCGCGAAGCAACCGCCACGAUACCUACAGAGCAACUCCCACCAAUUCCUACACGGCCCGCAAUCAACAGGAUUCGGGCUACUCCAAUCACUUGCAGAGGGUUCACGGGUUCUGGCAGGUGCUGCUCCCACUGGAAAGAGAGGAGGACUUGCGCGGAGGUGGAGGAGCACUUGGCCAGCGAGUGCGACUGCUGGAGGCGAGUGCCGAUGCCGCACGCUACCGACAGGGAUUCUACGCCAUGCUGGGACUGGUGUGCCUGCUCCUGGCCUGCCUCUGUCUCUGCGUCUAUCUCCUCAAAAGAGACCCCAAUCCGAUGAGACGACGCAGUGCCUCGACGGCCUCGGACUGCUACAGCUUAUGA